CUUUAUAAAAUCUAUCCCCCACCUCUUCGUCUUCCUUCCUACUCACACAUUUACUCUUAAACCUCCACAACAAUGGCAACUUCCAUAAUCUUUACAUCUUUACUAACCCUAUUUCUGUUAUCAUUCGUUAUUCAAUUUAGCUCAAACCAUGCAUCCCCAACAAAACAAACACUUGACUUACAAAACCCAAAUUUCUUCAACCCAAAACUUCCACCAAGAACACUAUCAUCCUCAAAAAAAUUUGAAGGUUCAUCAAACUUAGUUAACCUACGUUACCAUAUGGGUCCAGUUCUUUCUUCACCAAUAAACAUUUACCUCAUUUGGUAUGGUAAAUGGACCCCGUCACAGCAACUAUUAAUUAAAGAUUUCCUUCUUUCUAUCUCCACUUUCAACCACCGCGCGUCGCCUUCACCUUCCGUUGCUGAGUGGUGGAGUACUGUUUCUUUAUAUACUGAUCAAACAGGAGCUAAUAUAUCACGUUCAGUUAGCAUUGCUGGCGAGUACUCUGAUUUUAAAUACUCUCAAGGGAACCAACUCACGCGCCUUUCUAUCCAAGAUGUCAUUGCUGAAGCUGUUACGUCCAAGCCUUUUACUGUUGACCAUAAAAAAGGGAUUUACCUCGUUUUAACUUCGGUGGACGUUACCAUGCAGGAUUUCUGCCGUGCAGUAUGUGGGUUCCACUACUUCACAUUCGCAUCGAAAGUGGGCUACACUCUUCCAUACGCAUGGGUCGGAAAUUCGGGUAAACAAUGCCCCGAAGUAUGCGCGUAUCCAUUUGCUGUUCCGGGUUAUAUGGGUGGAGGUGGGCCUGGGUCAUUAAAAUCACCAAACGGCGACGUUGGAGUUGAUGGAAUGAUUAGUGUUAUUGGUCAUGAGUUAGCUGAGCUGUCAUCAAAUCCGUUAGUUAACGCUUGGUAUGCAGGUGAGGAUCCUGUUGCGCCAACGGAGAUAGGUGAUUUGUGUGAAGGGUUGUACGGGACAGGUGGUGGUGGAGGGUAUAUUGGUCAAGUGAUGAAGGACAGAGAUGGAAGGACUUAUAAUUUGAAUGGAAGAAGAGGAAGGAAGUUUUUGGUACAGUGGAUAUGGAGCCCAAUUCUUAAGGCAUGUGCUGGACCCAAUUCCAUGGACUAGUGGACGGUGGGGACAAGAAUUUGUAGGUUAUUUAAGGUAAAUACUCCACGAAGUUUGAAAAUAAAGCAAAAAUGGAGAAAAAAGUGAAAGAUGGGUCGAGCACAGAAAUAGAGACAAAUGGUUAAAAUCUCAUUAUACUAUUUUCUGUCAGUGCACUUUUCCUGUCUUAGCUGAGACCAAUCAAGAGGGGCCCAUGAAUGAGCAAUAUUGCCGACUGCUGUACUUUUACUUUAUUUUUAAAUUUCUUAGUUUUUUUUUUCUUGGAUUUAUUUCCAUUAAUCAUAAUACAGUUUUUAGAUGUAAAAACAGGGUAUUUUAUUAAAUUUCUUGUUGACUCCUAAUACACAAUAUGUUAUUUAUAUUAGAGACAGAUUUUUAUUUAGCAA